AAUCGCGCGCAGUCAGUAUGAAUCUAACAGUAAAAGUGGUAACGUCUCGGUAUUUGGCGAGCUUUUUUCUUAUUUUAACGACAUGUGCCAAGUCAACAAUUAUCGAUACAGACCGAUGAUGUAAAAGUUAUUUUUAGUUUCGGGUAAAAGUGUUGUUUUCUUUUUUUAUCAUUGUCACUGGCGUUGUACAAAUUUUCGCUCAAAAACUAAGUGGCGCACGAAGAAAUUUUCGAUCGUUCAUAGUUCCAGUCGUUCAAUAAUAAAUAAAACGCAAAUCGACGCGAGCAACGCCAUGACAUCUGCGACGCUUAGAAUAUUCUUCGUGUUCAUUGGCUCGUGCGUCUGUGCCGCAUCCUCGGCAUCGACGAAAAAUGUCGAGUAUCGAAAUUUUCGCAAAGAUUGGCGAAUCGCUGGUGCGAACGUGACGGUGAAGUACGGCAGUAAAAUAAUUGCGGACGACAACAGCUUCAUGUACGCCGUCUGCGGCAACGACAAACUACCCUCGGAAAUCCACUGCAACGUGACGAUCGACCAACCGUUGGAAAAAUGGAACAGCAGUAGCAAAUCGACGAUCCAGAGCUGCUCGUUGAAAUUGAACGGUAGCGUAGACGGCGACGCGAUCAGGCACGACGUCACGGCCGUCUCGUCGGUCGAGCGUUUCGGCCAGGAUCGGGUCCUGCUCACCUGGUGGGAGCGUCGCAAGGACAGCCAGUACGAGAUCGAGAACAUCCGCGUGACGCUGCUGCACAUGGCCAGCUGCGACACCCAUCACCUGACCUUCCCAAUCGACGUCGACGGCCACAUCGUCCUCAGCAACUUGGUCAUCUACCCAUCGGGCUUCGACGUGGUGGUGUCGUCUCGCGCCCUCUGCGGCUACAACACCUGCCGACUGAGCCACGACUCGACCGGGAAACGCGUCAAGAUCGUCCCCUUCCUGGCCAACUUCGUGGACGCCCGAGUCGAACCCGUGGCCGCCUCGAGUCCCGAUCGAGGCUUCUACGUCAGCGGCUCGGACAUCGACUCGUGGAAAUUUCGCGCCGUCCAUCUGGCCCGAGACGGCCAGGCCCGCAACCUCAUGACCGCCACCGUGCAGGAUCCGCGCCAGCUCUACCGCGUGACCUCGACCAGUCACGAGCUCUUCGCCGUCUGUCUGUUCGGCGAUCGGCGCAUACACUGCGCCCAGUUCGACGCCAGGGCCAAUCCGCGAAUGAACGCCAGCGUGCCGAACUCGGGCAACGUCGACUGGAUGGCCGUGCACAAUCUGCGCGACGACGCGGGCAUCCUGCUGCUCACCGGGCGCUGCAACAAUCAGAAGUGCCGCACGUUCAAGGUGAUGCGGGUGCGCCAGACGGGCCGCCGCGUCAAGAUCAUGGACGUGCCCGAGCUCGGCCUCAAGUGCUCCAACGUGCCGCGCGAUCUCGUCGUCAACGUCGGCGAGACCGACGACGAGUUCUGCGUGUACUUCGCCUGCGCCAAUGUGCAAAGUCAAGCCAAUGCAGACGCGAAGAGACACAAGCCAGCCGUCUUGCAGUUCGGCAGCAAAUGUAUCUCCAAGCUUGUAUUAAAAAUUUGAUCGUAGCGAUUUUAUUGUCGAAUACAUUCUGUAUUGUAUACAGAGUAUAUAGAAAUUGAGUCUUUAUUAUACAUUCGUAAAAGCUUACUCUACUUAUAUUUUCGAUAUACGAAAAUAUUCAGAAUAUAAAUUCUGAACCAUGGACCA